CGUUGAUUUUGAAGGAUACUCUUGUUCCAGGUUCAAAGAAAAGGUAGGGCCUGUUCCAUGGACAAAGCUAAGAAGCACUUGGCCUAGUGGUACUGGCAUGAAUAGCUCAAGGCUUCAUCUAUUCUUGAGAUUUCUGCAGUUUAAGAUGCUUUGUUCCAAGUUUUAAAAAAGGUAGGGCCUAAUGUUCUUGAACUAAUAGUGCAAAGUUAUUGAUACUUGGAAGACAAAAGCAUGUGAUUUUCAGGGACAUUGUCUUCUGCUGGUGUCCACAAAUUCCUAUUCAACACAUAUCAGCUGUGUUCUAUGAGUUGCCAUUGCCUAUAUAAACAUAUUCAAAGAGGUGUCUACCACCUCAGCUCUCACCAAACUUGAAAGUAUUGAAAGCUUUCUCUGCUUUUAAGUUCUUUAGUAAUUCUCUCUUUCUUACUAAAACUAAAAGAUCAUGGCAAUUCUUCGUAUGAUCAAGAAGUCUUCGACAAGUGGAGAUGUUCCCAAGGGCCACUUUGCUGUGUAUGUUGGGGAGAAGCAAAAGAACAGAUUUGUAAUCCCUAUAUCAUUUUUGAGUCAACCGGCAUUUCAAGACUUGCUUAGUCAAGCUGAGGAAGAAGUUGGCUUUGAUCAUCCAAUGGGUGGUCUCACAAUUCCGUGCAGUGAGGACUUUUUCGUUGAUCUCACAUCUCGCUUGAGGAAGUGACAAGGAAAUUAACCCCCUCCACUGUGUACAGUUCAGGAGUUAGAAGAAACACUAGGUAGAUUUAAUGAGUUUAGCUACAUAAAGAAUGGCUGUUAUUCUUUUGUCUCUAGACUAAGGACACAUUUUUCUACUUCAAUAGAAAUUGAAGUAAUGAACCUUUUUACUUCUAUUGUUCCAUUCUAUUCCAUAUAUUGAUGUAAUCAAUUCAUUGCAAUAGAAAACUUGUUUCUCAA